GUAAUCUAGAGUAAAUUUGAGCAAUUCGAGUGAAUUUACUCUUCCCAAUUAUGAUACAGUAGUAUAUCUCUGUUAGGUGUUUAACAUGUCCAACAAAGCAAAAAGGGGAGGAGAAACCAAGAGAAGUGAGAGGCAACAGAUAAGAAGAGAAACAACAAGUGAAAAUUUUGGAAUUCCAAACAAAGUCCAAGAUUCUUAACAAUCAGGGUCUGGCAUUUAAGAACUUGAUUAUGGAUGAUAUGCGCGUCUCUCAGACAAACACCCUGCACUGUCUUUCAUGUGAAAAUGUAUUUUAAUUUUUUACAUUCAGAGUUCAUUGAAGACAUGGGGUAUUCUAUGAGUAAGUUGGAAGCAGACACCGAACUCUUGGAUGGUUCAAGUUCCAAUCACGGGGCUACUGGCAGUGCUCGUCACAACACACCAUCACAUUUUUUGGACCAUGAAAUUGCUCAGCUUACUAAACUUAGAUCAGGACCCCAUGAAAAUAUCAGUAGAAUCCUACCUGGGAAAAGGGAAGUUCCUGUGUCCACAUUCAAGAUGCUAGCCGCCCGAGAAGCCAAUUAUUCCGGUAGAGGAAGGUUCUCAAAGGCAGAUAGUUGUCAUGUUCUUAGUAAAUAUUUGCCAGUAAAUGGUCCUUGGAUUGUAGACCAGAUGGCAACAAGGGCUUAUGUGUCACAAUUUUCGGUAGAUGGUUCCCUUUUUGUUGCCGCCUUUCAGGGAAGUCAUAUUAGAAUAUAUGACGUGGAGAGAGGGUGGAAAGUUCAGAAGAACAUUCUUGCAAAAAGCUUGAGAUGGACAGUUACUGAUACAUCUCUUUCACCAGGUCAACGACAUCUUGUAUAUGCUACCAUGUCACCUAUCGUACAUAUUGUAAAUGUAGGAUCUGCUGGGACUGAAUCUCUUGCCAACAUCACAGAAAUUCAUGAUGGUUUGGAUUUGGCCGCUGACGAGGAUGAUUCUUUUGGAAUCUUCUCUGUUAAAUUUUCGACUGAUGGUCGAGAAGUUGUUGCUGGAAGUAGUGAUGAUGCAAUCUAUGUUUAUGAUCUUGAAGCAAACAAACUCUCUCUUCGAAUAUCUGCACACGAAUCUGAUGUCAAUUCUGUAUGUUUUGCUGAUGAAAGUGGCCAUCUCAUUUACUCUGGAAGUGAUGACAAUCUGUGUAAGGUCUGGGACAGGCGUUGCUUUAGGGCCAAAGAAAAGCCAGCAGGAGUCCAGAUGGGACACCUAGAAGGCAUUACGUUCCUUGACAGUCGGGGGGAUGGUCGUUAUUUCAUUUCUAAUGGUAAAGAUCAAGCCAUCAAGCUUUGGGAUAUCCGCAAAAUGUCUACUAAAUCUACUUGCAAUAUGAUGUUCAGGCAUUAUGAAUGGGAUUAUAGAUGGAUGGACUACCCUCCUCAAGCUAGAGACUUGAAGCACCCAUUUGAUCAUUCGGUAGCCACUUAUAAGGGUCACUCUGUCUUGCGUACUUUAAUUCGCUGCUACUUCUCCCCCGAAUAUAGUACUGGUCAGAGAUACAUUUACACUGGGUCCCAUGACACUUGCAUUUACAUCUAUGAUUUGGUAAGUGGGGAACAAGUCGCAAAAUUGGAGCACCAUGGAUCAACCGUUAGAGAUUGUAGCUGGCAUCCUCAUUAUCCGAUGCUUGUUAGCUCUUCUUGGGAUGGGGAUGUUGUCAAAUGGGAAUUCCCAGGUGAUGGAGAAGAACCAGUUCCUCCAAAAAAGAAGCCGAUCAGAAGAAGACGUUUCGUUUAGAUGCUAUCUGCAAUCUGGUAUAUUUUCAAAAUCUAUAGACUUAUGGUGUUACACCAGCAUGUAUAUUGACUGUGCCAGCGCCAACAUUUUGAUUUCCAUAUAUUGUACAUAAAUAAAGGCGAACAUGUACAUUGUAUUCUUUAAUUAAUAAUCGUUUGGAAACUCUAUAAUGCAACCUGUGACUCUGUAUGCGAGGCUCGUAUGCAGAGUAAGCCAAAGAAAGUGUAAGGUUGUGCAAGAAAACGGAUGUGCUAAGACGCAACGGCUUCUUGCAUAUAGAUAAAUUGAAGCUCAAUUGUUUACCUCAACAGGAAGAAUGAAUUUGUGUAGCUCAACUAGAUGGUACCUUCUGUAUACAAGCAAAUUCAGGAGUUAAAUUUGAUGAGUUCGACCUUUUUAAUA